CCGCUCGCCCCUCCCCUCGGGGGCAGCUGGGCACACUGCGGAGCCCAGGACCCCAUAGCCCUCCCCGCCCCCGUCUCCCAGCGACAGGGUCCUGGAUGGGGCUCCGCUGACUGCCCGCGCCCAGGAGGGGCUUGGUACUGGCACUCACAGCGCCCGGAGUGGAGGGGCGCCGGCGGGGGAGACGUACGGCUGAGGCAACGGGGCAUGCCCAAUCAUCCUCCCUUUUCCCACCCACCCCCUGCCCUCUGCAAGGACUGCUGCUGGAUUUCCCAAAGCCAUUUCCUGAAUCCCGGUCUGAGCCGGCUCCAGGGUAGGGACCUGGGAGCCCAGGGCGGAAAAAGGCUCCCCAGGCACCCUCCAGAGCUCCGGUAGCCACAUUUGCAGCCUCGUCUGUCUGUCCAGAACCUGCUCCCAGGCUGACAGUGAGCUGCGAGAUGGGCUCUGAGCUGGAGACGGCAAUGGAGACUCUCAUCAAUGUGUUCCACGCCCACUCGGGCAAGGAGGGGGACAAGUACAAGCUGAGCAAGAAGGAGCUGAAAGAGCUGCUGCAGACGGAGCUCUCCGGCUUCCUGGACGCCCAAAAGGAUGCGGAUGCUGUGGACAAGGUGAUGAAGGAGUUAGAUGAGAAUGGAGAUGGAGAGGUGGACUUCCAGGAGUAUGUGGUGCUGGUGGCUGCCCUCACAGUGGCCUGUAACAACUUCUUCUGGGAGAACAGUUGAGCAGACGGCCCCAGUGGGCAGCGCCCUUCGCCUCCACCCUACCAUACCUGCCCCUUCACCCUGCUUCCCCCUCACCCCACUUUUCCCUCCCCACCAACAAGGGCGCAAGAGUAGUGGGCCAGGCCUGCAACUCAUCUUUCAUUAAAGGCUCCUCUCUCACCA